AUGUAUCUUUCUAAAGAAAAAGUCAAACCGCCUCGCAACUUACGAUCAGCACGUCGAUCGCUCGUCAAGAAUCAGAUCUCUACACCCAUUAGCGCACCUACUGCAUUACAAGGCGCAAUAGCAGCACCUAAAAAGAUCAUCAAGGCAUUGUACGACUAUCAAGCACAACGAGCACAUGAGCUUUCAUUUGCACGAGGCGACUUUUUUCACGUUAUCGGCCGAGAAAAUGACGACCAAUGGUUUGAAGCAUGUAACCCGGCAACCAAUUCGAGAGGCAUUGUCCCUGUCAGCUAUUUCCAGGUGCUCGACAAGUCUGAACGCAACCUUGCUGUAGCACCACCUCCACAGCAAAAAGCUGAUUCAGGUUUCCUUGAUAACAACGGCAAUACAACAUCUCCAAAUCCAGGAAACGGCAGCAUUAGUAGCAGCAGCAGUGGAAGCAUUGGUGGUGGACCGAAAAAGAUGCAACCCCUGUACGGUGUCGUGUUGUAUGAUUUCCAAGCAGAACGAUCCGACGAGCUGGAUGCCAAAGCGGGUGAACCUAUCAUUGUCAUUGCUCAAUCCAACGUUGAAUGGUUUGUCGCCAAACCCAUCGGACGCCUUGGUGGACCUGGAUUGAUCCCAGUAUCCUUUGUCGAGGUGCGAGAUGCAUUAACCGGUCGACCUGUUGGACAACCGCCAUCCAAUAUACCGCCAGUUGAAGAAUGGAAGAAGAUGACUCAAGGUUACGAAGCAUCUAGUAUCUCGGCUGGUUCAUCCAUUUCAUCCGGCACAUCCGCACGUCCACAACAUGAUGAUCAUCCCGACAGCUUUCAAGAUAAUAUGGCUAUGCAACAUCCUACAAGUGCUAUUGUCGAAGAAGCCAAGAUUGAUUCGUAUAUUCUUGAGGGUGACCAAUAUUGGUUCAUUGUGUAUGCAAGGUUGAAUAAUGGUCGACAUCGUGUUCUUUAUCGAUUGUAUGAAGAUUUCUAUGAUUUCCAAAUCAAUUUGCUCAACGAUUUCCCAGUCGAAGCGGGCAAGGAGGAUCGAGAAAGAAUACUGCCUUACAUGCCAGGACCAUUGACAGAUGUGGAUGAGGAUAUUACUGCCGAACGACAAAGGGACUUGAACAAAUAUUGCGCCGAGCUAUUAAGUCUUCCACGCUAUUUGGCUGAAAGUUCGUUGGUGCAGAGUCAGCUUUUUGGCAUUCAUGAAGGAGAUAUUGAAACCGAUCAAUGCUUGUUACCCACUGAAGAUGACAAUGGAUCAACUCAAGCACCACCUCCACAACCACCAACGACCACCUCUGCUGCUGCUGUUGCCCCGACAACCACCGUUAGCAGUAGUACAAGCACACCUCGAGCAGCCACAUCUACUGGCACAGUGAAGCUAAAGAUUGCCCACAAGGAUGAUAUUUUCGCCAUCAAGGUGCCAGCUGAUAGCACGCUUGAACAAUUGCAUGAAAAGGUGAAGGAUCGCCUUGGUUUCCCAGUAUCAUUACGUUACAAGGAUGACACGUCGGGUCAAAGCUUGCCUUUGGAAACUGAAACAGACAUGGAGGAUGCAUUUGCGUCUGCUAUCAAGCUCGGGAAACUAACAGUCUAUGCCGAAAGGAUAUAG